CCGGGUCAAACACAGCAGGAACAUCCUGGCUUGCACGCUGGAUCAGGGACGGUAUCAUCAAAAAUGAUGUUUUUGUCUUCAGUACAGCAAAAGGUUGGUUAGUGCCCUGAUUGUUAUACAGUAAGAAGGUCGUGGGUUCAUGUCCCACGGAUUACACAACAUGAAGGUGGUUUGUAUCAGCUGUAAUAGAACAAGUUUUUCAUUGCUUUGCUUUACCUGUUCAGACACAGUAAGAUCGUCGGCUCCAUGUGUCUGUUCAGAAACAACAGGAAGGUCAAUAGUUUUCAUCCCACAUCUGACAAAGCAGAAGGUCACUAGUUCACCAUCCAGCACAGAUUCAGCAAGGUCAGUGGUUUGUUUGGUUUUUUGAAUACCAUGAAGUAGCCAUCAAGUAUCAUCUAGACAGGAAAAAAAGAGUCAUAGGUUCACAUCCCAUCAGGUACACAGCAAGAAGGUGACUAUUUGAUCUAGAGUUGGAGAAAGCAAAAAGUCAUCAGUACCAUCCUGAAGCAAAACUGGUUCACACCCAAGCCAUGAUGCAGCAAAAAGCUCAGUGUUUUGCAUUGCAGCUUAGUAACAGGAAGUAGGUCAUUUAUUUUAUGUUGUAAAUAAAAGUCACAUGUUUGAGUCCUGGCUUGGACAGAUGGCCUAUCUACUGACGUUGCAUGUUCUACUACUGUGUCCUUUGUUUUUCCUCUGGGUGCUCUUUCGGUUCUCAGAGCUGAUACGAAUGUAACAUUUUGCUUUUGUUAGUAUUUACACUCUGUUGUCGGUAGUGUUUACACCUCUGCGUCUGAAGUCUAAUACCUCAGUGUCAGUUUUUGUCCACUGUGUCUAUUUACAGAAUGACUAAGAAGAUUAAACCCAAACUGAGAAGCAAGAGUAAAUGAUCCCUAUGUCACCUUACAGUCAGUGUCACCUUGACAGUCAGUGAACCUGCAGUGAAAACCGAAGUGUGUCUUAAUUCCUGUUAUUUUGUCAGUUGUUCUGUGUUUGUCUCCAGGCUCAGUGGCUUUUAUUCAAGAACAGACGUGAUAAAAACCAGGAUCAAACAGAUGCAGUUCAUUGCAGCUGACGUUCUCUGCUGACUUACAGCGAGGAUAAUCCGGCUGCAAGAAAUAAAGUCAGAAGAAUGGACUGAUGAAGAACAAUCACAAACAUUGAACAAAUACUAUCCAAUUAACAGAUGAGUAAAUUAACACAAUUAUAGGGAAUUUACGUGUGUUUCCUCUUGGAUCUGAAAUUGUUUUUUGUGUGUUCAUAUAAGCCUGUUCUUAGUAUGCAAACUUAAGUACAGAAGAUUUAACUUGGAUAAAUAGUUCUGAGAAGAAACACUAAUCACUCCUGACAAACUUAAACACGUAGAAAAUAUGCAAUGGCUUGUGAAUGUCUCACACACGUAGUUUCAGGAAAUAUGAUCUUUACAAUUAGAGUACAGCAAAGUGGUGAAGUGUAAUGCAGGUGUAGUCCAAAUCGGCGUUGGGCAACCUAGUGGUGGUAAGACCUUUUUUGUACCAGACAUGUAAUCAAGCGUGUCUUUAAAAACGCCAGAUUUUCUUCAAGCACCUGCAGGGGUCGCUAGAAACAACGUUCGAAAGCCCUGUAUGAUGUAUACAUUGUUUAUAAGACAUUCAGGUUAUUACAGCAGGAUAGAAUUUUGCGUUGUUGCAUUAGUUGCUACUUCUACAUCACUACCACUCACACGUCUUUUAAACCAGUGUGAUUUAUUGUAAAAAACAAAACAAAACGAAGUCGGCUCUUAAUUUGAAAUAUCUAACGGAAGUACCAUCUAUGUAUUCUCUGACACCUUGUGAUCGCCUGUCGUCACCUCCUCUCCCCGGUUCUCCCCCUUCUGCUCUCAUAACUCUCCUCUCCUCCAUCCCGCACCGCUGGUUGUCAUGGCGAUGGAGUCAGCCGCGGCGUCAGCUGCGGGGGUUGUUGCCAUGGAGAUGGCGGUGCGGGGGGCUCUACCUGUGCUGGAGGAGGACGAGGGUUUCAGCUGCCUGCUGCGGGGUCCGGGGUCCGAGGACAGACUCCAGCACCGACGAGGCGCAGGGAGGCGGAGGCGAGGGCUGCCGUUCAACCGAGGCUGCUGCUACAUGCUGAUAGUGAUCGGGGAGAUCAGCAGCGAACAUCAGCUGGAGGCUGUCAGAGCUCACAUAGAGAGAGGAAUCCGAUCCUGGGACGUCGACCUUCAGUGCUGCAACCUCGAUCAGCAGCUACAGCUCUUCAUCACACGUCACUCGGCCCACUUCUCCUCAGAGGUCAGAGGACAAAGGACUCUUCAUCACAGCAGUGACGUCCUAGAGACCGUGGUCUUGGUCAACCCUUCAGAGGAAACCGUUUUAUUAGAGAUCCAGUCUCUCGUCACAGACUCAGCAGGACAGAAACUCCUGGUCUUGAGCGGCCAGAGCUCAGAUCACGGAGGUCUUCUCCUUCAGACGGGGGUUUUUACCUACCAGACCUUCUUACGUGUCUUUACUGAUCCUGGGGUCAGGGAUUUACUGGGCACGACAGCCCCCAAGCAGCAGGCUACACUUACUGUGUCCUGCCGUGGGGAGGUGGGCUGGAACUCCGUGGGACACCAGCAGACCCUACGGGAGUUCUUGGAGUACAGACUAAACCCUGAACUAGUUCUCCCCAAGAUGGAGGGAGUCAGCGAGUUCACAGAGUACGUCUCUGAGACCGUUGACGUUCCCUCACCUUUUGACCUCCUGGAAGCACCCACCUCUGGAGGGUUCCUGAAACUGUCCAAGCCAUGUUGUUACAUUUUCCCCGGAGGACGAGGAGACUCUGCUCUCUUCGCAGUGAAUGGCUUCAACAUCCUGGUGGAUGGAGGCUCUGAGCGAAAAUCCUGCUUCUGGAAACUCGUCCGCCACUUGGACCGUAUCGACUCCAUUUUACUCACACACAUCGGCGCUGACAAUCUCCCCGGCAUAAAUGGACUCCUUCAGAGGAAGAUAGCAGAACAGGAGGAGGAGAAGUCUCAAGGCUCCACCAACUACAGUGAGUGGAUGAAGAACCUGAUUUCGCCUGAAUUAGGCGUGGUCUUCUUCAAUGUCCCAGAGAAGCUGCGUACGCCAGAAUCUAAUCUCAAAGUGAAACGCAGCAUUGAAGAAGCCUCGCAAACUCUGCAGUACCUUAGCAAACUGGGAAUUAAACCAGAGCCCUUGUUUCGUGUAGUGAGCAACACAAUCGAGCCCAUCACUCUUUUCCACAAAAUGGGCGUGGGCAGGUUAGACAUGUACAUUCUCAACCCUGUCAAAGACAGCAAAGAGAUGCAGUUUUUGAUGCAAAAGUGGGCUGGAAACAGCAAGGCCAAGACGGGAAUCGUGCUAGCAAAUGGAAAAGAAGGAGAAAUUUCCGUGCCCUACCUGACGUCGAUCACAGCCCUGGUCGUUUGGCUCCCUGCCAGUCCAACGGAAAAGAUUGUCCGAGUGUUGUUUCCUGGAAAUGCACCGCAAAACAAGAUCCUGGAGGGGCUGGAAAAACUGAAGCACCUUGAUUAUUUGCGCUACCCUGUGGCUACGCAAAAAGACAUCGCCUCCGGAGCGCCUCCCACUGUUCUUAAACAAACCAAGUUAAAACAAAGAACAGAUAGUAAAGAGAGUCUGAAAUCCUCCCCUAAAACUACUGCAAAGCCGACAAAAAAAGAACCUGAAGGACAAGAUGAGGUGUCAGCAGCGACAGAGGCAAAGAUCGACUCCGUCAAGGAAAAUAUCAUUGAGAAGAAAGAGAAAAAGCCGACAAAGACUAUAAAAUCCAAAACCGACGUUCCUGAAAAGAAAAAACUCCUAAAAGAGAAAUCCGUUAAGAAACACUCUAAGGAAAGAAUUUCAAAAAUGGAUGAGAAAAAGGACAAAGAGAAGAAAGAAAUUAAGAAAAUAAAGAAAGAUGACGCUAUGAAAAAAGAUGAGAAAAAAGAUGCUAAAUCCAAGGAGGAUAAGAAAAAGGAUCCGUCCAAACCAGAACUAAGAAAAAUUACCAAGCCUGACCUUACACCACUCACACCAGAGGUCAGAAAGACAUUACAUAAAGCUAAAGCCUCCACUAAGGCAAAAACUGUGAAAAGUAAAGUCACAAAGUCUCAAACAGCCGAAGUCAAACCAACAGAACAACCUAAAGUUAAAAAGACUGAAGCUGAGUCGGUGCAGAAACACUCUGUGGAAGGCACAUCUGUUUUCUCCACACCUGAAGACCUCACCACGGACUUUGAUGCACAGACCAAGGGUGAGGUUUUGUCUGAGGCUACAGAACCAACACAGAGACCUGAAGUUCCAUCUGAACCAGCGACAGAAGAAAAGCAACAAGCAGAAGAAACACCUGAGAUACCGUCUUUGGCAAAGUCUCCUGUAGAAGAGGCGACAGCUGCUGAAGAGAAAGAUGAUCUCAAAGACAAAGAUGAGGCUUUGAUGCAGGAGAGAGAGUUUGAAGAGGCCCAGAAGUUUGAAGACGAGGGAGCAGAAAUUCAGGAGGAGGAGGAGGAAGAGGAGGAAGAAAUGGUUCCACCUGUGAAAAAACAAACAGACGAAGAGGAGGAGGAAGACAUGGGGAUCGGUGAAGAGGAAGAUGAAUCCAAAUGGAAGGAGGCAAAAGAAGACAGCCUUGACCGAAAACAUGAGACAGAAGAAAUGGAGAAAUCUGAACAUGUCUUUACAAAAGCUCAAACAAAAGAGGAGCAACAUUUGUCCAGGGAGGAGCAGGUGAAACUGGAUGAGGAAGAAGAGGAGGAGCCAGUGGAGAAAGCUGAACUGGAAGAGGUGGAAGACUUAGAUGUGAUCGCAGAUGAAGAGAUCAAAGUAAAACCAGGGGACGAAGAGGUUGAGGAACAAAUGAUCAUUGAAAGCCGAGCUGCUGAAACCGUGUCUGCAGCCACAUAUGAGCAGGAAGAGGAGGAGGAGGAAGAAGGCUACCUGUCGCAUGUCGCAGGAGCCACGGCUCCCAUAACUUCAGUAGCUUACGGGGCCGCUGCAGCUGAACCCAUCUCCUACAUCCAAGACGAAACCAUCCCUGGCUACUCUGAAACAGAACAGACCAUUUCAGAUGAGGAGAUCCACGAAGAGGCGGAGGAGAGGAUACCUCACCUCCAGUACGAUGUCUGUGCCUACGACGUCUCUGUGCCGGAUCAGACCGGAUCGUUUGUGGAUAUACACGGCAUGAGAGAGAUGCAGGCGGCAACCAUGGGCGAGAAAGGCUUCACUCCAGCCUUACAGGAACAAGUGUCUGUGUUCACAAACAUCAUGACCGCUCCUCUAGCAGAAGAAGAGCAUGUUUCCUCCGCAACAUCCAUCACAGAGUAUGACAAAAUAUCCUCCUUUCCUACUUCUAUUGCUGAAGACCAGUCUGUGGCCUCUGUUGCUCCUCCUCAGGCUGAGGAGCAACCCAAAGCAGCUAGUCCCAUGUUGACUCCCCCCAAAGAGGAGCCGCUCUCUGCCGAAACUCUGUCUCCACCGUCUUUGGAAGAUGACAAACUAGCCAAGUCUCCAUCGGAUGACGCUCAGCCUCCUGUAGCAGAGGUCAAGGCAGUGGCCAAAGCUGCAGAUGUUAGUGAUGAAGAGGAAGAAGAAGAGGAAGAGGAGGAGGAAGAAGAUCAAACUCCUAAUGUUGAAAUGUCACUGGAAAAACUCCAAGAGGGCUACGCUCUAUCUCUGAAAUUACAGAGUCAGGAGAAGGACACUCAAAUGCAGCCUGACUCAGUGUUUCCUGUUCCAGUGUCUGCACCGGAAAAAACCAUCCACCUGCCGGUGGAAGAGGUAAAUAUAGAUGCAGUGGCACCUAAAGAUAUUUCAUCAGUGGUGCCGACCAGACCUUUUGGAUCAGACUCAGUAACGUCUGAGAGUGAGGAGCGAUGUUUCAGUCCAGAUGACGUCACUGUGAAAAUGGCCUCCCCUCCACAGUCUGGUCCCUCCAGUGCAGCUCACUCCCCGAUUUGUCAGUCACCGGUCGAGGACAAGAUGAAGGUUUUCCCUGAGGUGGUUAAACAAAAACAAGAAGAGCUUUCUAUAUUUGAAAUGACAGAGGACAAAACUAAAAAGACAGAGGACAAAUCAGAGACGGAGACGCUGAAAGAUGCCGACAAGGAAAUGAGAGCACAUGACGAAACAUCUGACGACAAAGUCGUGAAGAAAGACAUUAAAGACAUUCCAGUCACUACAGAGCCGGAGGAAGACAUUUUGUUUGCACCAACGGAUAAGAAAACACAAGGAGAAAUGAUUCCUGUUGUUGCUGCAUCUGUAGCAGACGUUCAGCCACAUGUGUCGGAGAGGGAGUCCCUCGUCUCAGCUGGACAAAAAGAUGAAGAUAGUGGUGUAGAACCUAAAAUCCCUCCUGUGGGUAAAUCUCCAGAGAAGGACAGUCGUUUUUCGGAUGAUGAAGACAAGAAGGAUGAUGACGAUGAUGCAUCUGCUGUUAAAUUGCAGAAAGAAACAAAGGAUUCCUCUGAUAUUAAACAAAUAAAGGAUGAGAAAAGAGAGGAAUCUCCUACAAAAGAAGAGGUCUCAUCCAUUAAGUCAAUGAUAGACGAAAAGACAGAGAAACUGCUGGGAAGAGACGAAGUCCCCGAUAUUAAAGAAGUCAAAGAAGAGCAGAAAGAGGCUCUUGAUGUAACCUUUAAAGAUGAACAAAGAGAGAUUAAAAAGGACCAGACAGCUGAUGUCAAAUCUGUGAAAGAAGUCGAGGUUAAAAGUGACGUCCCUUUGACUGAACAAGUCAAAGAUGAGCAGAGACAAAAAGAUGAGUUUGUAGACCUCAAGGCCAAAGAUGUGUCAGAGAUGAAGGCAGAUGUGUCAGAUGUUAGUAUUUUAAAACAGGAUAAGAUCGAGAGAGACGCAGAGGUAAAGGAUGAAGAACUGGGCAAAGAAAAGGAUGACAUCACUGAUAUCAAACCUGUUAAAGAGGAAAUUAAGGAAGCGACAAAGGACGUUAUAUCCAUCACAGAGUCUCCUAAAGAGGAAAAGAAAACAGAGACGGAAACAGCUGACCUUAAGGUGACAGGAAGUGAGAAGGAGGUGAAAGAGAAAAGUGAAAUUAAAGUAACCAAAGAGGAAACUCUCCCUGGUGAUUGGACGGUUUCUGUAAAAGAUGAUAAAGAGGAGAAGGAGGUUUGUGAAGACACGGUGUCCACCAUCAGCCUCACACAACAAAUGAAAAAGGAUCUGAUAGAGGCAGAAAAACCAGCUGCUGAAAAAGAAAGUGUAAAAGGAGAAGAUGAAAACAUCGGACUUUCUUUGGACAGAGUUAUCACAGCCGGAGAGGAUGGUGGCCUCAUCUUAAAAGAUACAAAAGAAGAAGCUGCAAAAGAGGCUGUUCAUAGAGAAGACGCCGCAGCUGCUGUUACUCUACCAAAAGAUGACGAUACGAGUGUAAUGUCCGGUCAGGACACAGGUCAGGAGGAGAGUAAGGAUGAAACUGUUGGCUACAAACCUGUUCAGAUGGAAGAUGAAAAAGUCUCACUGAGUAAAGAUGGUGAGGAUUAUUCGAUUGUACUGAGCAAGGUGGAAGAGAAAGAAACUGAGGAUUUUGUCAAACAUAAAAUAGAAGAAGACAAGGUGCAGGACGCAAGAAAAGAUGAAACUUCUACUGUCACAGCAUCCAAAGACCAAACAAGUUCAAUACCUGACACUUUGGUUCCUAAACCUUCCAUUGAUGAUGAAAAAGAGAAAGAGAAAUUGAGUAAAGAUAUCUUUGCUGGAAAACUGCCUGAAGAAGAAAAGGAGAAAGAAGUGGAGAAGGUGGUGGAGAAGGAGGAAAAAGGCACAGAGAAAGAUAAAGAAAAAAUAAUUCAAGAUGUGUCUGAUACCAAGAGCUCCAUGCAGGAGAGAAGCACGGAUGUAGCUGAUGUGAAGUCCUGCACAGUAGAGGAGAAGAAAGUUGAAGUGAAGCUGGAGGUUAAAUCUGACGAGAAGCUCAUCAAAGAAGAAGCAAAAGACACAUUUAAAGAUGAAAUUUGUGAAAUUAAAGAGGCCGAAAAAGAAAAACUAGACAAAGAGAAGACUGAUAUUCCUACACCUGUUUCUGUUGAAGGACAAAAGGAAACAGAUGUUGUUGACACUUCAUUUAAAACCUCACCAGAUGACAAACCUGUAGAAAAAAGUGAAAUUGCUGAAAAACAAGUAACGGUGGGUUUGAAAGAGAAGGACAAGGUUGACAUCUUGGAACAAAAACCUUCCUUAACCGACUCUACCCUUAAAGAACCUGCGAAGGAAGAGAUUAAAAAAGAAAAAGAAACAGAUUCUAUAGCUGAAAAAGCCAAAGAUGCAGAAGAGAAAGAGAAGUCUAAAACUGAAACCAUCAAGGAUGAAACAAAAGAUGAAAGUAAAAAAGAAAACCUUGAAACUAUUUCCAGCCAACUGGAUGAAAAAGAUAAAAUUUCACCAACAUUUAGUACAAGUGAUGUGGAAAAAGAGGAGCAUGACUAUUAUUUUGUGUCUGAGCCCAAGCAGGAGGAUAAAGUCCAGGUUGAUCUUACUUUUGGUCAGGCUCUGGGAGACGAGAAGAUUAAAACUGAUGAUGUUUGUGACAUUAGUAAAAAGCAGAAAUCUGAAGAAAGUUCUCCUACUGACAAAGCCAGUGACGUUUCAAUGGAAGUGAAACAAGAUUCUGCAACAAAACCACAAACUUUCGAAGCAGAAAAAAAACUAGAUACAAAAGAAAAGGUUGUUAUUGAUCCGGAAGAGACAACGGAAAAAGAAAAAGAUGAUGCCCACGUGGCUGAGCUGAGCAAAGAGAAGAAAAUGGAAAAGGAACAAGAAAAAGAAAUCAGUCACGUGGCUGAAGAUAAAGAUGAACAGAGGAAAGCAACAGAGGGAGGCAAGGCGAUGAAAGAUGUUGAUUUUGAGGAGACAAAGACGGAUAAGAUGGCAGAAAAAGAAAAGUACGACUCCUCUGAUGGAGACCACAUUAAGGAGGAGAAAUGGGAAAGAGAGGAGUUACAGGAAAAAGACCAGGAGAAAAUGGUCAAACAACUGUCACAGACUGUUUCAAAGGAAACAGCAGGCGCUAUGUCUGAAUCCAAGCCUCUGUUUUUGGUUCAGUCCUCUGAUGAAGACAGAGAAGAAGAGGAAGAGGAGGAGGACAUCUGUAUGGGAGGAGCAGGAUCCAGACCUCUGUCAGUGGAGUUGAAGAAAACAGACCAUGACAUUUCAUCUGCAAGUCCAAAAUCACCCGUAACUGAACCAAGUGACCAAAUGAAACUACCAACGUCAGAGCAGAUAACGGUUGUCGUUCCUUCAGGUGCAACGCAGGAACCGUCUGUUGAUGAAGACGUCAAAGAUGUAAAACACACCGGAUCUUCACCUGUGGCAGACAAAAAGGACACUGUUAAAGUAGAAGCAACAGUCACGCAGGUCGAUAAACCAGGACUGUCCUGCGACAUUGUCUCAAAGGAUGAGACGACCUUUGUUUCAAAGGUAGAAGCAGCUCCUCAGCUCACAGCUGUUACAGCAGAGCUGUUUCCAGAUGAACCUGAGAAAAAACCUGUGUUGUCGACAUUAUCAAGCACAGACAGUCAAGCCAGAAGCUGCACACUGUCAAGCACUGAGAGCCAGCUGAGCGUGGAGGAGAUGCCACAUGAGCUGAGCCUCGGGGUUGUGUCCACAGAAACAACAAAGCCAACUGUGAAAGCAGAGAAGGAGGCAGAAAGGGAGAUGGAAGGGGAGAGGGAGGUGGCUUCUCCUGGACUUUCACGGCCUUGCUCUUAUUUUAUGUUGGCCAGGGAGGAUGGCAAGGAUUCUGCUAAAAUCGAUGAUGUGAAAUCACCCGCAGCAAAAGUGGAAGGUGAGGAAAAACUCCUCUCGCAGCAGGAGACCCUGCGGGAACGACACGUGCCCGACGAGGAGCCGAGCUUUAGGACGUCCAAAUAUGACCCGUAUGAAAAGCCUGUCUCAAAAGACCAUGACUCCAGAGAUGAGGGUGAGGUUCCGUUAGGUUCCGAUCCAAACGCCGACAUUGACAUGGAUGAUAACAGAAGAGUGAGUCAGGCAGAGGCAGGAGUGCCCAUGUUUCUUCUGGACGAUCAGUACAAAGAAGAGCCCUUGUCCUUCAGCAGAGUGGACUACAGCCCAGUGUCCCUCACUGAGAGUGAGAGAAGCAGCCACCAUAGUCCAACCACCUCACCUGAACGUGAAGACAGAGAGAAGGGUCAGGAGGAGGAGCGGGAAAGAGAGGAAAGACUAGACAUGUCUCACAGUCAGCAGAGCUUCACAUCUAUAGACAUACAGGACAACAAACUGUCCCAGGCUGAGGAGACUUAUUCUUUUAUCCCUAAAGAGGACAAACCGGAGAAAUCGGAGAAGGAACAACCUGGUGCAGCAGCACAAGAAAGUGGUUUGACAUCAGUUCAGGCAACUGACAUAUCACAAAAACAAGAAUCAAACCUCAGAGUCCAAGCUUCAGCCUUGUCCGCAGCCUCCGAAGAACCCACAAAGAAGGAAAUGUCAGAAAAAGAGAAGGAAAAAUUUGCAGAAUCUCUUAAAGAUUCUGAUCAUGAAAGAGAGGUUGUGUCAUCUGGGCGUCACUCUCCAGCAGAAAAAGAUAUUUUACCUCAACAAACCUUUCCAGACCAAAGAAUGGAGACUGUAGUUGACUCAAGAACAGUUCCUGGCUCCACAUUUGUGAGCCAUGAAAUAGAUGACAAUGUCCUUGCCUCUGAUAACAGUCAAAUCAGCAGCUCCACCGCUGCUGGAGUCAUGUUAGCCUUUCCAGAUGGAAGGGAGAGCCUGAUCGAUAAAAGGCUACUUGUAGAAGGUGAAGAUUUCAAUGUUGAUGAUGAUGACGAAGAUGAAGAAGAGGAGGAAGAAGAUGAGGAGGAAGAGGAGUUGAGUGAUGUAGACAUGGAGAAGGGCGCCAGAGAGCAGUCUGAGAAGGAAAUAUGCAAAAUUAGUUCCGAUGAUGGCGCUAGGAUGACAGAGACAGAUGACUCAAAAGACACAUCGCAGUUAUUUCACAAAGAGGACAUCGUGAGCAAAGCUCCUGAAGUUAGAGAGGCAGCUAAGACGGACUUGAGUAAAACAACAUCUGCUGAGACGAAACCUCUCAAAGAAGAGGACAAAGGUAGUGACACAGCUCACGAGAAACCUAGUGAAACACUGAGUUUAGACGUCAGCAGAGCAGAUCAAUCAGCUGCUGCCCCCAGUGCUGAAAAGGUGGAUAAACCAUCUGUUCUUCCACCCAGUGGACCAAUACUUUAUGAUGCAAAGAAAACAGAAGAAACAGACAGGAAGGAUUUGUCCUCUGAAACUACAACUAAAACGAUGACAUCAUCAACAAAGGAAGUAACCUCGGCUGAGAUACCAGAGUCUAAAAAAGUAGAUGAAGAAAAACAGUCUCCAAAAAAACCUGUUUCGGAGGGCGAUCAUUUUAUGUCCAUGCCUACAUUCAGUUCCUCUCCUCCACAAACCAAAAGCUAUGCCGACAUUGGACAAAGCAAAUUUGGAGAUUAUUCUGAGCCUUUUUUCAGUGACCAUUUGAAGAAAGAAACGCCUGUGUCACCAGAGUCUGAUCUUAGCAGUUAUAAAUGUUACAGCCAACGUGAGACUCGAGAAGAAAGCGUAGAUAUCACACCGAGUAUCAUCACGAAACACGAGGAAUCUUCUACAUACAGCACAAUGACUCACUCGAGCCAAUCAACCAAAACAUAUUCUUCUUCAUCCUAUAGUUACUCGUCCUCAGCCUUCACCUCAGGCUCCUUAAGCCACAAGUUUGGAGAUCAGGACGGAACUUCUGCGAAAAUACUGAGCUCUGAUCCGGCGCCACUAAAGGACGAGUCGUCGUAUAUAAAAGCAUCUACAAGCUCCUGCUUCGGAGGUGUCCACAGAGAUGAAUACAUGGAGGUGGCAACAAAACCUGCAACCACAGAGGAGACGAGACCAUCACCUCCUGCACUGCCCACCACUGGUAAACAAAGUGAAACUCAAACUUGUUCUGCAAAACCCCAAACUGACACAAAGUCAAGCAGUGAAAGUUUUUAUUUGCUAGAAACGAGUGUAACAACAUCUACUACAGCAGCCACGUCCAAACACACUGAGAGUCACUUCGACCUCUCUCCCCUCCAGAGGGCUGACUCUCCUGACAGGGGGUCGCAGGGAUCCACAGAAGAAGAAGAAGAGCAUGAUAAACUAGCAAUGGAGGAUGGAACUCUUCCAUGUCGAAUUGAAUGCCAAAAAACCCAAGUGACUGAGCAAAAAGAGACAAUUUCAUCAAUAACUCAGUCCUGUGUGGUAGAAAGUACCACAGGUGGCGCAGAGACAAAAACUGUCACUGUCACGUCCACAACUGUUACGUCCAAACCUGACACCUUGUCACAAACCACUCCGCAGACAGCCUCAGUGACUCCACCUAGUUGCAGUGAAAGCACUGAAACGCCAUUUUCCAUAGCAGACAAGCUUGAAACAGAAAGAGAUAAAGAGAAAAAAGACCAAAAAUCUGAGUCAAAAGAAGAAAUAAUGACCCUGGGAAUGGCGUCUUUUAGACAAGAUGCCAAGGUGACAGAAAACGAACGCGGUUUAAAAGAUCAGAAGACCCAAGACUCGGCAGAGAAAGACACAGUAAUCCUGCAGAAGCUGGAGGAAAAGAAAGCAGAAGAAACGACGUGUCAAAAAGGCACAGAUAAAAAAAAUGCAUCUGAUCCUGAGGUGAGUGGAAAAUCACUGGAUGUGAAAGGAGCAGAAAAGAUGGGGGAGAAAAUGAUGACACAGCCAGAGAGAUUAGAACUGAGGAGAAAGAGCAGUUUAUCAGACUGGGAGCUGCUACAGAGGCCUGACGAUUUCCCAGAAGUCCCUCCUCCAGGUUACGGUGAUGAGGAGGAGGAAAUGGAGGCGAUGCAAUGGGCAGGACCUUCUACGUCCUCUUUAAAAGAUGCAAAACCAGAGCGUCCUGCUGACCUGAACACAGGUGACACCUCCUCUCCAACCUAUUCCUCCUGUGAAUAUAAGCAGCAAAGAGGAGAACUUUCUCCAUCGUUCAUCAACCCCAGUCCUCAUCAGCUGUCCAGUGAUGAGGGCGAGGAGGACGACCACAGUGACCCCCUGCAGGAAGGAGAUGAAGAUGAUCGGGAGCAGCACUCUGUGAAAAGGAGGUGCCACAAGCAGAAGCACCACCACAGUCACACGCACCAUGAAGACCCCGUACCGGGGUCACAGCAGCUUCCUGGUGCGAUGUCAACUGGUCUGGCUGUGACUUUGGCUGGAGAGGAAACGCCUCCGACAUCAGUGAGCGAGUCUUUGCCAUCCCAGUCUGACUCUGAUGUUCCACCAGAAACUGAGGAGUGUCCCUCCAUAACAGCCGAGGGAAAUCUGGACUCAGACGAAGAUGCCGAACACCUCCCGGUGGACAAACUGUCCGCCUGUGGAGCUGGAGGUGGUAAUCACUCCUCAUCACCACAACCAGCUCAAAGGACCCCUGAUCCUCCCCCUGCACCUAUGAAGGACCCUCUGCCUCACCCUCCGCACCCAGAUGUGUGCAUGGUAGAUCCAGAGGCUCUCCUCAACGACAACGGCAGCACAGAGAAGCUUCUCAAGAAAGAGCUAAAGACAACAAAGGGCCUCAGGAAGGGAAAACCCAAGUCAGCCUCUCCUGCCCGUAAAGGAGAAGGGAGGAAGAGGUCCACCACACCAGUGAAGCAGGCCAAGGACUCUGCAUCUCCACGAUCAGUCUCCCAGAAGAGGAAGGACACAGAGAGAAGUUCCAGACUGGUGAAGAUGUCUGAGAGUCAGGGCUCCAAGAAUGAGAUCCUUACUCCAGGGAAAGCCUUGGUCAAUGGAGUCAAGACCAACUCAGCUCAAUCUAACAACUCUCAAAAACCAAGUUCGGCCGUUCCUUCUGGCCCACCAGUCUACGUCGACCUAGCCUACGUACCUAACCACUGCAGCGCCAAGAAUGUGGACCAGGAAUUCUUCAAGCGAGUGCGGGCUGCAUACUACGUGGUGAGUGGGAAUGACCCAGGAAGUGGGGAGCCCAGCCGUGGAGUCCUGGACGCCUUGCUUGAAGGCAAAGCUCAGUGGGGCUCAAACUUACAGGUGACUUUAAUUCCAACCCAUGACACAGAGGUGACCCGGGACUGGUACCAGCAGACCCAUGAGAAGCAGCAGGACCUGAACAUCAUGGUUCUGGCCUCCAGCAGCACUGUGGUCAUGCAGGACGAGUCUUUCCCUGCCUGCAAGAUUGAGUUCUGAGCUGUGCUGAUCUUCUCCGUCAGCCAACCACCAACACCACCAGUCCUCCAUCCACAGCCAAUCAUCUGCUUACAAACUGAGAUGGAGAUGCAAGAGCAAACAUCCCUCUCGGUCCCAUGGCAACUGUCUCAGAAACAUCGGCUGCAGUUCUAGGUAAACGUCUGACCUCUGUGUUUGAGCUUCUGUAACACUAAGGGUAGUCUCCACAGCGAAAUUCUCUUUGUUGUUUGUUUUCUACAGUGAGUUAGUUUUAGCACUAACAGUUGUGACAAAAAAAAGGACGAGUCAGUUUUUCAGUACAAACCACACUUCAGAACUUUACUAGAUUCAGAACCAGUUUGAGGCAGAAUGUUAGUCAGUAGAAAGAGACCAAACAAGUGCAAAAUAAAUCAAAUUCUCACCAUUGAACUUUGAGCAUCUGGAGCUAAUAGCACACAGAGCUCUGUCUGUGUGCUAUUGGGCUAACGCUAACAGUAGUGUUAGCAUUAAUAACUCAAUGUUAUAUGUGUUUUACACAUAUAAAAAACAAAAGAAAUCUUCCUUGUAGUUUGUCACAGUACAGUUUUAGGAAGUCGCCUGAAGUCGCCAUCCUCUGAAUUAUCGUUCACGGCUUUGCUGCUGAUGCUGCUGCAUGAUUCGAUGCUUGCAUUUUAGACUAAAAUGAGACAUACAUAGGGUUGAUGUUUUGUUUUGCCAGCCUGGAAAAGUGUGAAAUUCAGUGUAGUGUAGAAACGUGUCUACACUGUCGGGCUGUCACAGCUGAGGCAGCGGGACUAUUGAUAUGAAAUAUCUCCGAUGGAUGUAAUCAUUCUGCUCUACCACGACCUCUACUGGUUGUAUGUAAAUCUAGUUCUAAGAUGAAUGUUAUUUAUUUGAUGAUGAUUUGAUGAUGUUGAAUAUCAUUUUUUUUUCAUUUUUUCCUCCUGUCUGGCCAUAUUUUAUCAUCUCCGCCAUAAAGAAAAGAAACAAACAAACAGGUGACAAAUGUAGCAAAGAGACCUUUGUCUGCUCAUACAUCAGUGUGUAGUUUUCUACCCAGCGCAGGGUUUAUUUUCAGGAGGAUAAAAAUGACAGGAGGUUAGUUUUCAUGUGCCUUUAGAUUGUGGCUUUGGAAAAAAACAACAACAAAACACCCGCAGAGUGAAAAUAUUUCAUUUGGCCCAUUUACAGAAAUGAAUUAUGGGCAUUUACCGACCCACAUCUAGUACCCAGGACUGCCAAAGUCGACCCAUUUCUGGACUCUUCUUUUGCUCUGCGCGGGGCCAGGAAUGCAUCAUUUUUGGUUUCAGAUGUAGCCCACAUUCUGGAUACCAAAUGUGGGGCCCAUAAAUUCUUGCUAAAUGUAGACCAAGUGACCAGUUCUGGGCUGUGGGCAGUACAAGGACAGAGCUGUGACCAACAAAUGAAAUAUUCAUACAGUACAUAAACAAACUAUACAGCCAGGACAUUUGCACAUUGUCCAAAAAAUAAAUCCAAAAAAAUGCCACUUUAAUGAACUUCCAAACAAAAAUGAAUGUCUCGAAGCAUGGUAUUGUACCAAAUAAGAGCGCACUUUUCUGAGGUGGGAUAGGGGGGAAUUUGAAUGUUUAUGUCCAGUUGAAGCACAUGGAGUUAGUGUAGCAGCAGAUGAUGGAUGGAAAUCACUGUAACAACAGUAAAACUACAGCUCUCUGUUCACGAGAACAUCUUAAAAAAUGUGUAAAAUACAAUAAUAUUCUUAAUAACACAUUAACGCCUGUAGGAGAAGUGUGAGUGUGACGUUGGUGACCCCACUGGACGCUGGGAUGAAGUACAAAUUAGUUAGAAAUGGUGUUCUGUGUGUAGGGGUAGAAAUGUAUACGGUGUGUGAUUACAGUAGAUUAACCUUAGUCGACACUUUCUUUCUUUUUUUAGUACGUUUAACUCUGGCUUAAUUUACUAAAACCUGUGAUUAAAGCUAGCACAGGUUUUAUUUUUAUUUUUUAUUCCUAAGAUUUGUUUGUGAUUUAAUGAUUUGACCCUGACAGUGGACUGGCCAGGCAGACCAGGGUUCAGCUUAAAUAUCCCAGACAUAUUAGGACGUUACAUGCACUUUAUUAAUUAUUUCUUUAUUUACAUUAUUUUUUUAACUAAUGUAAAAUUCACUUAGACAGAUUUAAUAUUCUUAUUCCAGAUUUUUAAUGUUUUGUUUAACUGUAUUUUUAUUUUUUAUUUUUUCAAAAUGCACGAAAUCAUAACCAGAAAUGAAAAUGUGAACUUUUCAAAACCACAGCAUCGCAGCAUUUUCCUAGACAUAAGAUCAUUAAAAUUACUUAAAUUAAUAUUGGUUAAAACUUCACUAUAAAAAAACUGUAUAAAAUGUAAUAAUAAUCUAAAUUUAGUCACAUUUGCAUUAGAAAAAAAAAUCUAUAAAACAUUCACUCAUUCAGACAUUCAUCUUCUUUGCAGUACAUUUAAUGAAGCAUGUCAAACUACUACUAAAUGGAUAGAAAAUAGAAAUAAUAACAAUACAUUUUUUUUUUGUCCCCUGGAAUCAGUUUAUCUCACCAUAAACAACUAGUUCACACAUCAAACCUAAUCUUCAUCCACCCCCUCUGCCCGGCCUGGCCAAAAGUUCAGAUUUAUUAUUUAUAAAAAUGCUGAAUGAUUUUGUUAAAGUGCACUGUGAAUGGCUUAUUAUUAUUAUUUGUGAUGAUUUAGAGGCAUAUAAAAAUAAAAAACUUCAUCCUUUCAGGUGAAGUAAAGGUUGGCCAAUGCUGUACAGUAUAUUAAACAAUAAUUGCAGGGUAAACACAAGUGCACACUCUCCAAUCUGGAGGUCGUCGCCGUCGUAAGAUGCCAGUGAAUGUUCAAAAUAACUGUUAAUAACUGCCGAUUGAGUGAAGUCACUUCCACCUAUUUAGCGACACUAUAAUGAAAGUAUGCAAAAGCUACAGGAAGAUGCUUUUUAACGUAAGGGUCAGGUUGAGGCGGAUGCUGCGAGUCUUCGUUGUCGUUUCGUCGUUUCUGUGAUGUUUCUAAGAUACCAGAUUCCAAAUAUCCGACCUUGACAAUUUCAAGGUCUCUGCAGAACGCUGUGAAUCGCCCAAAAACUGAACUGUGUGACUGUACACAAGCCGAAUGCACUAAACAGGAGAUCUAUUUUUCUGAUUGUAGAGUUGGUACUGUCUAAUGAAUGCUGCUGGAUCAAUAACAAAAGAGAGAAAAAAAACUUAAAAAACCCCACUAUCAUUGACAUAAUUUUGAAGGAAUCACAGAAGGAGAGCAGAAACUGUCCAUAGGUUUGAGUUGUUAUUUAACAGAGAGGAAACACGACUUAGUCCAAUAUCAGAAACUGAAACAGUUUCAUUUUUCCUGACUAUGACUUGAAACACAUACAGACUCAACAACAAACCUGACUACAAUAGAAUAAAAACAAAUCUACAGUAGGUGUACGCUUUAUGUGCCGUACACAACAGUAUCCUCCUGGUGAUACACGCUCGAUUUAGCUGAUUUUAGUGACAACACUGCUAACUAUUACAUUCAUGGUCAACUAUUUACACUGAUGAGAAUAAGGUGCAUCCUUCAGUUAAACAUCAUCCUCCAUAAAUCAAUUUGUUGUCACCUGUCAAUCUUCUCUCUCUCUUUCUCUUUCUCUUUCUCUCUCUCUCUCUUUCUGCCUCGCUGCAUGUGAUUUCUUUAGUUAUAAUCCUGAAUGUAAUUGUUUAACAUGAAAAUAUAAAUAUAAAUUUUAAAAAAAAGAAGCUAUUUGAAAGAAUUAUAUUUGAAGAAGAAAAAAAAGCUAAUUGUCAUAGCUGUGACUGAAAUGACCUACGGUAAAAUAAAACUGGGCUGUGCUGUCAUUGUUUGACCUAAUAACAUGUUGUUAAGAAGACGCUGUUGUUGAAAUUUGUUCUAUUCUCUCUCUCUCUCUCUCUCUCUCUCUCUCUCUUUCUCUCUGCAUUGUAUUUAUCUUGGUUAUGUUUUACUUCUUUAGCGCAAUAUUUAAUAUCUCUCUGUCUCGUUAACUGGUUGAAUUAGAACCUACUGCAGAUUCAUUGUAAAAGGGAAGCAGCCUGGUCAUCAUCAAUAAAGUACAUUUAAAUCUAA